ACCUUAGAUACGCACGUACUUGAAAAGCCAGUGAAUGUACAAACAUUAUGUUUCAAAAUCCUGAAUAUGUAUUUGAAUAAAGUAUCUCAUCAAUUAUUUUUAAAUUGAACCCAUUGUCGUUGUAACUUACGAUUUAGCCAUACACAUCCGGAGGAUUUUUACCGUUUUGUUUUUUCCGCUCACCAUAUCUUUUGUGAAUUUAUCAAGCCGUAAGUCUUCUGGUUUUUUAGAAACGGUUAGAUUUAACUUAAUGAUAAUGAUUAUGUAUUUCCUCAUGCUCAAUAAACGAUGGGUUCAAAUUUGAAUAUGAUAGAAUUAUCCCCUCAAACAUUGGAAAAAGCAUUUUUAGAAUUAAACGAACAACCGCAACAACGACAGAAUGCCAUUACUGAGUUAAGACAUCGUAUUCAGUUACAAAGUUUACAAGGAUGUCUGGCUGAUGAAUUUCUUCUGCGUUUUCUACGUGCUAAAAAAUUUAAUCAGGAUAAUGCAUUCAGACUGUAUACAAAUUAUUACAUAUUAAGAUUACGCUAUCCAGAUAUAUUCAAUGAUUUAAGACCAUCAUUAGUUGAACACGUAUUUCAAAGUGGAGUUGUAUGUCGAUUGCCUCAACCAGAUUCAGAAGGUAGAGCACUUAUCUACUUUAGACCAGGUCUAUGGAACCCUGCAGAAUGGUCAACAAACGAUAUAUUUCGUGCUAAUGUACUUGUCAUCGAAGAAUUAUUAUUGUCUUGGCCAGCUGUACAAGUGCAUGGAGUAAUAAUUCUAGUGGACCUAUCAGGCUUUUCCUGGAGACAUGCCAUUAAUUUAAUGUCUCCUUGGUUUCUACAUCGAGCAGUACAUUUUUUACAAGGUUCAAGUCCAGUACGAGUAAAAGCUGUCCAUAUUUUCAAUAGUCCUUAUAUGUUUUCUAAAAUAUAUUCAACAUUAAUACCUUUGUUAAAACCGAAAAAUCAAGCACGUGUUGUUAUGCACAAUACAUCAUUAGAAAGUCUUCAUGCUGCAAUCUCUCCCCAUCUACUCCCGUGUAAUGGUGGUUUAAACGGGACUGGGCCUUCAGUUCCAUCACCUGAAUAUAUCAAUGGUUUAUUAAACUUGGAAGAUUAUUUCAUUGAAAUGAAUAAAUAUCCAUAUCAUAUUAAUAGCAUAUCUGAAAUGUGAACAAUUGAUAAUCUAUAAACCGUUUAUUUGUAAAUUAUAUUAUUUAUCUAUGUAGAUUAUUAUCAUUAUGUCACUUAUUUUUUAAACGGACAUAUAUGUGAUAUAAAUAUAUUUCAUGUGUUCUUCUCUUAUGUACACUCACUCAUUCAUCAUCUGAUCAUAUUGAUAUACGUAUAGUUUAUGUUUAAUGUUUAAUCUCUUUGUUCACUGAUCCGUUUUAUUAUUAUAAAUGACUAUGACUUAACAGAUAUAUAGAGAGUCUUUCAAAUUUAUAUUCAGUGUUGACUUUUGUCUCCUGUUUUUCUACUUUCACUACUAAUUUCUCUAAAAUAUAUUCAUUUUGUUUCAUUCUUAUUUUUUAAUGAAUAAUGUGACUCCAAUGUUAAGUAGAUCGAUGUGAAGAUUAUUAUUCGGACUUUUCUUAAGGUAAAUACAUAGAGUAGAUAGAUAAAUAGAAAAAGUUAGAUUCAUCUCAGCGUCGUUCUUAUGGAUUGAUGUAAUUUAACAUCUAGUUAUAUUCCCCUUUUCCCAAUAAACAUCUGAAUGAAA